AUGCCCAAAGCCAUAUUGCAGGACCGACCUCAGGAAGACCCCACUGUGACCACCACAGAUACUUUAGCUUGUGCCACCAGCGCCACCAACAUUGGGUGUUGCCUCGAGAACCAUUCCCCGUGUGGCCUGUGGAAACAGAUCGUGGCUGCUGCCACCGUCCUCACCAGAAGGGUCAACGAGGGGCUGAGGGCCCCUGGGGUUCUUCUGCUCGGCUCCAUCUCCGGGAAGGACAGGUCAACUCUCCACCUGCUCUUCAUUCCUGCAGGAGAGAAGGAGAGGAGAGGGCGAUGCUGGGGUCCUGAUCCCCAUGUGUUGGGUCAGGACUGUAGCAACUCUGUGGCGCUGACCUUCCUGACCAGAAAUGAGAUCCUGUGCAUCCACGACACCUUCCUGAAGCUCUGCCCGCCUGGGAAGUACUACAAGGAGGCCACGCUGACCACGGACCAGGUCAGCUCCCUGCCGGCCCUGAGGGCCAACCCUUUCAGAGACCGAAUCUGCAGAGUGUUCUCCCACAACGACGUGUUCUCCUUUGAGGAUGUGCUGGGCAUGGCGUCGGUGUUCAGUGAGCAGGCCUGCCCCAGCCUGAAGAUCGAGUACGCCUUUCGCAUCUACGAUUUUAAUGAGAAUGGCUUCAUUGAUGAGGAGGACCUGCAGAGGAUUGUUCUCCGACUGCUCAACAGCGAUGACGUGUCAGAGGACCUGCUGACUGACCUCACGAACCACGUCCUGAACGAGUCAGAUCUGGACAAUGACAACAUGCUGUCUUUCUCAGAGUUUGAACACGCGAUGAACAAGGCUCCAGACUUCAUGAACUCCUUUCGGAUCCACUUCUGGGGAUGCUGAUGUGGCCACAAAUUCCUUAUCUGGUGACUCCGAGGGGAUCACUGGACUGGAAUCCAACUCCUUUCAGGCUCCAGGGGACUCUGAUUAAAAAUAUGACUUUGUCCCUGUCCUGCCCUCACUUACAGAAUAUUGUUUAUUUAAUAAAGCAAAG